AUGGCGACGAACUAUCCCAGCGGAUCGUCGUCAACGCCACCGCCGUACGUGGGCGGUGGCAGCACUGGUGUGGGCUCAUCGAGCUCAGUACACCUCGGACAAGUCCGGUCUCGAACGCUUCUGUUUCUGUCGUACCGCGAUUCUGCGGGGCCGUCGGUGCGUGGACGUUCUCGCACGGAAAACAUAUUCGAUGCACCCUACACCGACGCUGAUGAUCCGCUUGGCUCGUCGUCGAUGAACGCGGAUACGGAAAACUUGCUGCCACGGCGGAGUCGAGAGGGACACGUUGCGCUCGCUGUGGAUGACUCGGAUUCGACAUUGGCUCCGAAAUGGCUCGAUAUUUCGGAAGAGGUAGAUUCGCUGCUCGCGUCAAUCCGACCGCGGAUGGACCAGCUCUCGCGCUUGCACGAGAAGCACCUUCGGCCUGGAUUCACGGAUAAAUCCGCCGAAGAGAAGCAGAUCGAAUCAGUGGUACUUGAGAUCACCAAGGAUUUCCGUCGAUGCUCGCGACUCGUGGCGGGACUCGCUUCAUUUACCCAACAUCUGAUACGCGAGUCGAAGCGGAACGGCUCCAAACAAGCCAAUGCUGUCACGGUACGCCAAAUUGCGCUGGCUCAGAAUGUGCAGACGGCAUUGGCGACCAGAGUGCAGGAUCUGAGUGGAGCGUUUCGCAAGCAGCAGACACUCUACCUGAAACGAAUGAAAGGGAUGGAGGUGAGAGACCGAGACAUCCGCGCGGCUCGAGGACUGGCGCCUCCGUCGCUCAAAGGAAAAGAACCCACGGACGAGUUCAGGGAUAGCGAACUCGCGGUUCGCGAAGACAUUGAGUUGUCGCGUGCCUCCCUGCUCGGCUCGUCGUCUACCUCAAAUCUGCUCAUGCUGCAACAAGACGCUUCAAGCCAGGACCAUGAGAUAGCACAACGCUCACGCGAAAUCGACGAAAUCGCCAAAUCCAUCCAGCAACUAGCACACCUGUUUGGCGAUCUGCAAACGCUCGUUAUCGACCAAGGCACUCUGUUGGACAGGAUCGACUACAACGUCGAGCUUAUGGACAGAGAGAUGCAUAGCGCUGUACGCGAGCUCGAGACAGCCACCACGUAUCAGAGACGCACCGGGAGGAGACAGUGCAUUCUGUUCCUGUGCCUGCUGAUCGCUCUGAUGAUCGCGCUCAUUGUGAUCAAGCCGUUCUGGAGGCUGUUUGCCUCCACACCCAAGUCGGAUCCUCAGCCGAACCUCGACGUUGUACUGCGGUAG